AUGGUGAAGAUGGUCUCCUUCAACCUGGAGCCAUUGCACAAUCUGAAGCUGAACUCUAACCAGAUUCCGCCUUCAUGGGCGAAGGAACUCGCACGGAGAUGGUCCGGGAACCGGACCAUAGUCCGCUUGGAGAUGAGUGAGAAUGGCCUUGGCGCAGAUGGAGUGGAGGCUCUUGCGAGAUGUUUUCAACCAAGCACUCGCUUGGAAUGUUUGGUCUUGGAUAGCAACAGCUUUGGAGAUAAAGGAGCCGAGGCGCUGGGCACCAUGCUCACCGAGAACCGAUCUUUGCGCGAGCUCAGCGUCCGGCGAAAUCAGUUCGGCGACAACGGAGCCAAGGCCGUCGCCUUGGGCCUCAAAAGCCAUCGAAGCCUCAUGGCCUUGAUUUUAGAUGCGAAUGACAUUGCCGAUGUGGGUGGUGAGGCGUUGGCGGAUGCCUUGGACCGCAGCGAGUUGGAGAGUCUCCACAUCCAGCUCAACAAGCUCGGUGACCGAGGCUGCAAGGCACUGGAGGAGGCCGAGCAACGCUCCAAGACCUUGGUCGACUUCUGCAUAGACGAUAAUGAUGGCGAGGCACCUGAAGCAUGUGGAGAGCUCGCUCCAGACCGCCACGUAAGGCAGGCCAUCAGGACCGGCACCGCCACGGCCGUUAGCUGCAGCGAGGACCGCACCCUGAGGGUCUGGGACCUGAUGACGGGCACCUGCACCGCCACGCUCACCGGACACAGCGACGACGUCCACACCCUGUGCCUGGUCGACCGCUUCAACGUGGCCUCUGGCGACGGAUCGGGCCAGGUGAAGCUGUGGGACCUGCAGUCCGGCCGGUGCAAGGCGACCAUCGCCACGCAGCACGGCGACGUUCGUGCCCUUUGCCGCUGGGGAGACGACCAGAUCGCGACCGGAGGCUAUGACAACACCAUCCGAUUCUGGGAGGUCGCCUCCGGCCGAUGCGUCUGCACGUUGCGCGGGCACGACGAUUGGGUAAGGGCCGUGCGCAGGGUCAGCGCGACGCUCCUGGCCAGCGCCAGUCUCGACGGCACCGUCAAGGUAUGGGAUCGGCGCACGGAACAAUGCCUGUCGACGCUGGAAGGACACAAAGGCCCGAUACUUGCCCUGGUGAGGUUGUCUCACGGCAGCGUGGCCUCAGGCGGCACCGACUGGACCAUCAAAGUCUGGUGCCUGGAGACGGCCACCUGCCGCCUCACCCUGACGGGACACACUGACACGGUAUGGGCGCUCGCCCGUCUGUGCUCCCGCACUUUGGCCAGCGGCAGCGGCGACCAAACGAUCCGCUUGUGGAAUCUGGUGACCGGUGCGUGUAACCAGGUCCUGCAUGGCGACGGCGCUUCCGUGUACGCCCUUGUGCGCAUGGAUGCCGCCACGCUGGUGUCCGGCGGCGGUAGCGGUGUCCUAAAGGUGUGGCGGAGCUCCGAGGCGACGCCCAAAGAGCAGCUGCCCAAUGAUAGCCAGAAGUAA